CAAAAAGUUGGGUGAGGUGUGAGGACUUUUGAUGCUCUCGACAUGAGUUCUACAGAAGAAGCUGUUGUUAGGGUUGAAGAAGAAGGGAAUGGACGACCUGGUUUCCGUAGGAAUCGGAGACCUUGUGCGAAGCUGGCGAAUUACACAGAUUAUGAGACUGACGAAGAUGACUAUACAAAGGGGAAAAAGACAAGGCUUCGGAAAAAUUCUGCCAAGGAAGACAAAAAGAAGAAGAAUAAUGAUAAAAUCAACGAAGCUGCGGUUAGGGUCGACGGAGGCGCUUGUUUAGACAAGGAGAAGGGAGCUGGCCAAGUCAAGGCUUCUGACAGAAUGCCCAGGUUUGAUAAGGUAUAUGUGUCUCGGAAAAGGGUACGAAAAGAAGAAGAAGAAGAAGAAGAGAAGAAGAACAUGAAGAAGAAGAUAGAUGAAAUGGUUUCUCAAAUUCCAGUGAAGUUGUGUAAUAGGCCGAGGAAAAUAGCAAUAGAUAACAACAAGAAAGACGACGAACACCCCGAGGAUAAUGCUGAGAAUUCCGAUACCAAUACGUGUCAUCAGUGUAAACGAAAUGAUAAGGAGCGUGUUGUGCGGUGUCUAAAGUGCAAAAAGCGUUAUUGCACCCAAUGCUUAACAGCAUGGUACCCUCGCAUAGCAGAAGAAGAAAUUGUCAAGAAAUGCCCAUUCUGCUGGAAUAAUUGCAAUUGCAGAGCAUGCUUGCGUCUUGAUACUAAGAUGGAAGGGUUGGGUUCUGACCUCAAGGUUAGCAAGGAUGAACAAAUUCGAUACUCUAAAUAUAUUGUGCGAAGGCUUCUUCCGCAUCUGAAGGAAAUAAAUGACGAACAAAUUUAUGAGAAGGAAGUUGAGGCAAAGAUAUCAGGACUGGAGCUUGAAGAGGUUAAGCCCCAAGACGCUAAUUGUCAUGCUGAUGAAAGACUAUACUGCGAUAAUUGCAAGACUGCGAUCUUUGAUCUUCAUAGAAAUUGCUCGAGCUGUACUUCUGAUAUCUGCCUUACAUGUUGCCUCGAGAUCCGCAAAGGAAAGCAUCUGACAUGUCAGGAGGAGAUGUCAUGGAAUUAUACUAACCGAGGUUUAGAUUAUCUACAUGGAGAUGUCAAAUUUGACGAACGGCCGCUUCCAGCCUGGGAAGGGAUUGAAACGACUGAUGAUAAGCUGAAUAGCGAAGACUGCGUGAAGCACCCAUCUAUGUGGAAAGCAAAUGAAGCUGGAAUCAUAACUUGUUAUUGUGGUGCUGGGGAUUUAGAGUUGAAACGCAUACUUCCUGAUGGUUGGGUAUCUGAUUUGGUCAAAAAGGUAGAAGAAACUGCUGAAGCCAGCAAGCUUUUGGAUACACGUGAAAUGGUUACGGGGCAAUGCCCUUGUUUUAACUCUGAAAGUCAUAUUGACAUGGAUAAGAAUAAAUCAUUACAGGCUGCAUGUCGAGAAGGUUCAGAUGACAAUUAUCUAUAUUUUCCAAGUGUAACAGAUGUUCAAGAAGAUGAUCUGAAGCAUUUUCAGCAUCAUUGGGUAAAAGGUGAGCCUGUGGUUGUGAGGAAUGUGCUUGAGGCAACAGCUGGUUUAAGCUGGGAGCCAAUGGUAAUGUAUCGUGCCUGCCGUCAAAAAAGAAGCACCAAGCAUGAAACACUUCUAGAAGUUAAUGCGAUUGAUUGUCUGGACUUCUGUGAGGGAACGGUUAAUCUUCAUGAAUUCUUUGCUGGUUAUACAGAGGGCCGUUACGAUAAAAUGGGUUGGCCACAAAUUCUGAAACUGAAAGAUUGGCCUCCAUCGAAGAGCUUCAAAGAAAACUUGCCACGCCACUGUGAGGAGUUCUUAUGCAGUUUGCCUUUGAAGCAGUACACUCACCCGCUUAGUGGGCCUUUGAAUCUUGCUGUCAAAUUGCCUGAAAAUUGCUUGAAGCCAGACAUGGGGCCAAAGACUUACGUUGCUUAUGGAUUUGCGCAAGAACUUGGCCGUGGAGAUUCUGUCACCAAGCUCCAUUGCGACAUGUCAGAUGCGGUUAAUGUGCUCACGCACAUAUGUGAAGUGCCCAUGAAAGAUGAAAAUGAAAAAAAACCCGAAAUAAAAAAACUGAAAAAGAUGCAUGCUAAACAAGAUCUCAAAGAGCUGUUUUGCUCAGUAGCUAACUACGAGGAAAAGAUGGAGACGCUUGAAAACACUAGUGAAGAAGAAGACGAAAAUCUUGAAGCUGAUGGGGGAGCUCUUUGGGACAUUUUCCGUCGAGAAGAUGUUUCAAAAUUAGAAGAAUACCUUCAGAGUCAUCACAAAGAGUUCAGACAUAUCUACUGUUGCCCCGUGUCUCAGGUGGUCCAUCCAAUACAUGACCAGUGUUUCUAUCUGACGCGAUAUCAUAAAAUGAAGCUGAAAGAAGAAUAUGGCAUUGAACCAUGGACUUUUGUUCAGAAGCUUGGAGAUGCUGUUUUAAUACCUGUAGGUUGUCCUCAUCAAGUCAGGAAUCUGAAGUCCUGCACAAAGGUGGCUCUUGACUUUGUAUCACCUGAGAAUGUCGGUGAGUGUUUCCGCUUGACAAAAGAGUACCGUCUUCUUCCUCCCAACCAUCAUUCCAAAGAGGACAAGUUACAGAUAAAGAAGAUGGUAAUCUAUGCAGUUGAUAAAGCUCUCAAAGACUUAAAUCGCAGUGAAAAGAGGUCUCCUCCGGAAUCCAACAAAGUGAAAGAAAAAACAGGAAAGGUGACGAAUCGGAAGCGUAAAAAUUGACUGAUUGAGAUUACUAAUGGACAAGAUGUACAGCAAAAUUUUUGUUGUAGUUUUAGCAAUAUUUGACUAAUUUUCCUGACGGAAUCACUAACGUUGAUGAAAGCACACAAGGAGUUAAUGAGAGGAAGU